UGCAUUUGUGAAUUCCCCUGAGUCACGUUAAUAGCGAUCCGUGGAAAAGUCAAGUAUAGAAAUAUGUCUUCAGAGGACCAAGGCAGUUAUACAAAAUCGGUUGGCCAACGAAUUUGUUACACAUGGACACUCAAACUGAAUGCAUUAACUGACCUAAGGUCUAAACGUGUUUCAAGGCACUUUCCAGAUUAUAUGGAAAAUAUUACCCAGUUUUAUUUAGAAGCCUUUUGGGAGGGAGAUUACCAUUAUGGAAAUAUCAUUAAUAUAUUAAAUCGUGAGAAAAAAAAAUCCGAACUUCUUAAAUUAUCUGAUGAUUGGAAAAUUAAUAUGGGAAAUAUGCCUCCGAAUUGCUAUUUGGUUAAUAACACACUUACAAUAAUCUGUGAGAUCUUUGUGAUGAGCCCCGUAGACAAGAUUAUGCCAAUCGAAGUUCCCAAAUGCAAAUUACUCGAAGAUUUGGCUGCGUUGUUCGAUACAAAGAAAAACUCAGAUGUAACAAUGUGACAAAGGACCAACAAGAGAUACCAGCCCACAAGGCCAUCCUAACAGCACGCAGCGAAGUCUUUGCGGCCAUGUUUAAGCAUCCAAUGGAGGAGAAUCGCUGGAAUUGUGUUACGAUAAACGACUUCGAUCACGACGUUCUCAUGGAAAUGCUGCGUUUCAUGUACACGGGAGAGGCACCCAACUUGGCAGACAUGGUUGAGAAUCUGCUGGCAGCUGCUGAGAAGUACGGGCUGGACAGACUAAAGGCAAUGUGCUUGAAAUACUUAAGCGAUAAGCUGUCCAUUGAAACAGCUGCCAUCACGUUAAAGUUAGCCGAUCUUUAUAAUGUGAAAGAUCUUCAACUCAAUUCAGUUCAGUUUAUUAGAAAUCAUGCAGCAAGUGUAGCUAAUACGGCCAACUGGCAGAAUUUGAUUACAACAGAUAAAUAUUUAAUAUUAAAUGCAUUUUGUGAGCCAAAAAUUUUGUUGCAAUUAAAUGACGAAUCCAAAAAUGAGACUUAAAUGUUAUCACAUGAAUUAAUUUACAAA